CAUCGCUUUAGUGUUCAGACAGUAACCUAUCCAAGGCUACCAGUGCACCUUCUCGACCACUCUCUGUUCUCCCACUGAACUCUCACCACUUUGUGCGCUCCCUCCAGAUAUAUCUCUCUUUCUCUGUCUGUCUCUUAAUUUAGUGUCUGCCUGUCGUCCAUCCCCUGCUCUCUCCCUCUCAGCAUGCAGCUCCUGGUCAUUUUAGCGUCUCUCAUGGGGGUUCUAUACAGUGUUAGAGCAGCCGCCGUGCUUCCUGUCGAAGAAAGGAGCCCACUACUUAACAGGGAAUUGAGUAAAGAGCGCAAAGAGCUGAUUCUCAAGCUGGUGUCUGGCUUGUUAGAUGGAGCGACGGACACCAACAUGCUGCCCGGAGAAGGGGUGUCCCCUGUGGAUCUAGAGGAGCCCCUAGAGUCUCGACUGGAGGAGAGGGCCGCCUACAACAGGCUAUCACAGCUGCCGCAGCGCGACCGCAAAGCCCCCUGUAAAAACUUCUUCUGGAAAACCUUCACCUCCUGCUAAUAGUUAUAUCCAGUCAGCCCCGCUAUGCUCCGGUUGACCCGCAAAACAACAAAAUCUGACCCAGACCCAACAUGAACUGUGGUAGACCUGAGCUGUACAUAUCAUCCACCCAGUUUGAAGAUCGCUCUCAAUGACCUUUGAGACACUGACAGUCUGUUUUAAAUAUUGAUGAUUUAUUUCUCAAUUUAUGUAUGUAUUUAUUUAUUUUAGAUGAUCCAAAAACAAUAAAGCAUGGUUAUGGUGAAAAGUCUAUUUUUUUCUUUGUUCACAUUACAUGGGCAACUGACCAAAUUCCCAUAGAAAUGUGAGUUA